AUGGGUCUCGGCGAAGAUUUCAAGGACCUUGAGAACGAUGCCACCGGACAGGGUGGAAAUGAUGGAGACAACAACGCCAACAACGCCAAUGGCUCCAACGAUAAGACCGAAGACACCAUGGUCGACUCUGCUCUCGAUCAAUUCGCUUCCAAGGAGGGAAUGCCUGCUGGACUCGACCCCGAAGUCAACAACCUCGUCAACGAUGAGGUCAACAAAUUUUAG